AUGAAGCUUAAGAUGAACAAGGCCUGCGACAUCGCAUCCAUCUCCGUCCUCCCUCCCCGGAGGACCGGAGGAAGCGGGAUGAGCGCGGCUGCUUCCGCCGCGGUGGCGUCCCAGCCGCGCUCGCAGCCACUGUCUUUCUCGCAGCAGGGCGUCGGCAGCGGGGGCGCCUCUCUCCUGCACUCGCACUCGCAGUCGCAGCUCUCCCAGGCGUCCAUCGACGACAACCUCCUCGGCCUCCACCUCCUCUCCCCCGCGCGCGAUCAGAGAUUUGGAGUGCAUGAAGACUCAUCAAAGAGGAUGCCUUCAUUGCCAGCCAGUUCAGGUUCUUGUGUGCGAGAAGAGUCUCAGCUCCAACUGGCAAAAGUACCAAGCAACUCAAUGCACCGCUGGAACCCCUCUGUUGCAGAUACUAGAUGUCAGGUUGCUAAUGAGGAUGUCGAGCGCAAGUUUCAGCAUCUGGCAAGCUCAUUGCAUAAGAUGGGGAUGGUAGUGGACUCGGUCCAAAGUGAUGUAAUGCAGUUAAACAGAUCCAUGAAGGAGGCAUCUUUAGAUUCUAGUAGCAUAAGGCAAAAGGUUGUUCUCCUUGAAAGCUCACUUCAGCAAAUUCUUAAGGGACAAGAAGAUCUCAAAUCGCUCUUUGAAAGCAGCAUAAAAGGCAAUCCUGAUCAGACAAGUGUUCUGAAUUCUCACGCCAGAAAAUUGGAUGAGAUAUCCUCUACUCUUUCAACAUUGCAGACACUAAUGCAAGCAAAUAUAAGAGCCAGCAAAUUGGAUGAGAUAUCCUCGACUCUUUCAACCUUGCAGACACAAAUGCAAGCAGAUAUAAGACAACUGCAGGGUGACAUCUUCAGAGUUUUUACAAAAGAGAUGGAGGGGAUUGUUAGAGCUAUCAGGUCUCUCAAUGGUAGGCCUGCUGCAAUCCAAAUGAUGGCAGACCAGAGCCACAAUGCUAAUGAGAGACUGCUGAGGAGCCAGAUACCAGUAGAAAACAGAAAAUCCCCCAUGAAUCAAAUAGCCAAUGCAAGAUCCUGCGUGAAUCAAACGCCAAUACUAAAUGGAAGACCACUGGUAAGCCAAAUACCAGUGGUAAAUAGAAGGCCUGAGAUGAACCAAUUAAACAGAUGGAUCCAGAUGAACCAGACACCAGUAGCAGCUGGAAGGUCCCCAAUGAACCAAGCACCAGCCGCAGAUGGAAAUCCCCGAAUUAACCAAAAACCUAUAACAAAAGAGCAUCCUGCACAUUUGGUUUAUCCUGCAAAGGUGACAGAUCAGAAGCCAAAGGUGGAGCAGGGAAAGGUAAAAGCAGCUCCACAAAAGCCAUUUGCUUCGAGCUACUACAGGGUGGCACCUAAACAGGAAGAGGUGGCAAUUAUAAAGGUCACUCCACACGUGCCAGCUAAGAAGGCACCGGUCAGCAUAAUCAUCGAUUCGGAUGAUGAUAGUGAAGGACGUGCUUCCUGCGUGAUUUUGAAGACAGAAACAGGUAGCAAGGAGUGGAAGGUGACGAAGCAAGGCACCGAAGAGGGACUGGAGAUCCUGCGGAAGGCGAGGAAGAGGAGGAGGAGAGAGAUGCAGUCCAUCGUGCUCGCAUCCUAGCUAAUUACUGGCGCAUGCGUCAUCAUCAUCACCAUGAUCUCAAGAUUGAUUGAUUGAUUGGUUUAACGGAAAGGAAAUGAAGACGAGACGAAAAAUAAGGUAAUCCAACGCUAACUAGAGCUACAAUCUGCUGUCCACUGCUGCUGCUGUUGUUAUUGCUGCGUUGCUGGGACUGAGAGGUCGAGUGGACAACUAACUUACCAUAUAUAUACUCCACUAUGCUUCUGAAUGCUGUAACGCAUCAGAGACAGACCAUAAUGCUUCUGAAUGGCAGCAAGCUAGCAGAGUACAGUAUUGUCUAGUGCCGGCAUUCAUGUCAUGCCGGUUCAGUUGUCAUGGAAGUGAAAGGAGAAGCCCGGCACCGACAAAACGACUCGCUGUCCUUCACGGUCUUGGCAUUGCGAUUCCGACGCACGUACGUUUUCCGUGAUGUGAUGGCCUUGUGCUUUGCUAGUGCGUGUUGCUGUCCUUUUUAUAGUCUGUUA